AGAAAAAGAAAAAUGAAGCGUCAAGUAGAAGUCACACAUGCAAACUGUAAAAAAUUACCACAGAUUUCAUUUCAGUCAGCGUGACUGUCAUAUUCCCAUAUGCUGCCAAUUGUUCAGACAGAAAAAGAGCUGACGGUGUCUGUUGAAAAAGGUUGGUCUAGUUAUUUCACCUAAUUUUGCCACCAUUAUAACACAAUGCAUGCAUUGUAGGUUAUUUGAACUCUAUAGGCCCCCAGAGACAAUCGGGUCGCUGAACUGCCACUAUUUAGGGGGCUUUACCUUUGUCAACAUUGCAAAAUACCCCAGGGGGCCAGUAUGUUCCUGCUCACCUCUUCAACAAUGAACUCAAAUGUUUCCUGGCCUGCUGUAGAGUUGGGCACAGUGGGGUGGGGGGUGUUUCGGUUAAACAGUAAGUUUUCCAAUCUGAGAUGGACUCACAUGGAGAAGAGGACCUUGGGCGCACGGCGGAGGCCCUGUGUUUGGAGGUCAGGCCUCUGCAGAAGGCCAAACUUGGAAUCAGACUAGCUCACAGGAAGACGUUCAGUCUGGACUAUACAAAUGCCCACCGGGAGGCUCAUUACAGGGGGCAAAACUCCCCAAGAGGAUACUCUAAUCUGCACUUUCCAGACUGUGAUCUCCAGGCAGGGCAUAUGCUGAGGUCCACAACCAGCCAGCAGGCCUCCACUUCCCCAUGCCAUAGGACAAGCCCUCCUCCCUAUAGCAGGACUGUGAUGCUUUCGAGGAUGUCUGAUCUAGAACCUGUUAGGUCGGAUAUUAUUAGAGGCUCACGCAUCUCUCGCGAGGAUCAGGAAGCGGGCGGCUCCUUCAACCGCAGAGCUCCUCUGAUGUCUCUCAGCAGCUCUGAGGAGGAACAGGAGGCUGGAGAACAGGCUGGCAGAGCUCCAGCAGGGCUCAGUGUGGCUUCAUCCCUGCUUACACCCACUCCCACUGGGGAAUGCAGCCUGUUUAAGAGAGAGAGGAAGCGACUGAAGAGCCUGAGGAGAAGACAGAGGAGGAGAGAGCUCUGCAGACAGAGCCAGCAGCAGGAGAACGUGCAGAGCUCUACAGGGAACCCAUCUAGCAGUAGUGAGGAUGAGGAGCUGCCUGGCCGGGAUCGUGAAGGCUAUAUCUGUGCUGUGUGUCUAGAUGUCUACUUCAGUCCCUACAUGUGCCAUCCCUGCAGCCAUGUCUUCUGUGAGCCUUGUCUGCGGACGCUGGCCAAGAGCUGCCCCACCAACACACCCUGUCCAUUGUGCAGAACCACCAUAACACAUGUCUUCUUCCAGAAAGAACUGAACCAUAUAGCCCGUACGUUCUUCCCAAAGGAAUACCUGUCUCGGAAGCAGAAUUUCCAGAAAGCGGGCUGUGCAAAAUGGCCUCUUCCGAGCUGCCGUAAACUGUUUCGAAUUUUUGGAGGCUUUCGAAGGCAGGCAAAUCCAAUCGGCAGUCGGCAGUUCCCUCACGGGGGCUACCGGCUUGAUGCCUUCAACUUUGAAGAUGAUUCGCAUGGCUGGCGAUUUGACAUGGACAUGAAAGCACAGGGAAGCUGUCUGCGGUGUUUCAGAUCUACAAAAAUACAAAAGUCGGCAAGAAGAGAAUCACGCACUGCAGCUGUUUCUGGACUAUGUGUAGGAAACACCAUCCAGUCACAGAGAGAAAUUAAUUCAUGCAACUAAAAUUCCAGAGUGUGAUGAUCCAUUUACUGUAAAGAUGAAUCAUGAUUUUUGAGUUUGUGGUUUGCCUGAUAUCUGUUUGCUUUUAAACAGAAUUUUGGCUGGCUGCGAGGAGAAGCUUUGCAUGGAUAAUCACAAGUGGACUGUUCAUUUCACUACAAGUUGUAUUCACAUGCUGUAUUUUCAUGUGAAUAAACUUGUAAAAGGUCUUCUUAGAGGUUUGUAAACUAUCGACAACUACGGGUCAGCUUCUAAACUAUUCAUAAAAUGUGCUGAGAAUAAUAGCAUCUCAUUUGUUUUUAACCUUUAUUGCUUGCUUUUACAGCAUUUGUAAAUUUGCCAUAAAGGUUCUUUGUCUGGUCUCAAUACCUAAUACUCAGUUUGUUGUUAGAUAGACUUU